AUGAGAAGCACUACAGGAUCAUUCCGUCCAGGUCUCGAAGAAACAGCUUCCCCUCAAAGCAGGAUGGCUCAAACUCAAGGGUCAAUGGUCUCUCUUUCCGGCACUCAAACUGCUGCAGGCUCAGCUUCCUUGAAGGGGAAACUUUUAAGUCUUGAAGAAAUGAUCAGACAAAUAACUGAAGAAAUGAAUUUCCACAAAAAAGAAGUCCAAAUCCUAUCCUAGCUUAUAGAUAUUAUAAUGCAUUGGAAGAAUUUCUUAGCGGGCUUGAUUUGGCCAGACAUAAGAAACUAUCUGGUGGAUUCUCAUUUAUCCGUCAAUAUUAAUACAUUUAAUUAAUAAAAUUUAGAUAUAAUAAUAAUUUAGUACAAAACUAAUAAAUUAAAUAAUUAAAUUACCAUAACUCCUCAGAGUGCUAAAUUUAUAAAAGUGCUCUUUAACAAUUUAAGUGUACUUUAUUUUUUAAUUAAUGGAAAUUCUCGGAAAAUGGCAAUAUUUUUAGCAUGCAAAAUUUUGGCCAUUUUUAAUUUGUGUUCUGUCUUUUAAAAAUUAAAACUCAAAGAACUUUUAACACAAUAGUACGAUUUAUUUAAAAUUCAUAUUUAAGCGUGCUAUUAGUAGAUCUUAAUUUUCCCGUAUUUUGGAUUUGAGCACAUCUUAAUAAUGUCAGCCAUUUUUAAAAAAUUUUGGCCAUCUUUAAUUUCGUAUGUGACUGUAAAAAAAUUAAAACUCGAAGAACUCAAUAAUACGAUUUAUUAAAAAAUUUUAUAUUUUUAGUUUUAUUAUAGUAGAUCUUCAUUUUCUGCAUUUUGGAUUCGAGCACAAAUUUAAUAAGAUAUAUUUAUAAUAAUUUUAAAAAAUUAAAAUAGGAAAUUUUAUCAGAAAUCUCCAUUUAUAAAUUUGAGUAGCUAAAUUAAUAAUCAUAUAAGAAUUAUUUUAGCCUAAUAAAACACAAGCUUCCAAGAAAUAAUUACCCAAUCAAAGAUCUUUAUUUUAGACAUUGAAAAGAAUAUAUAGCUUUUCAAUCAUUAUUUAUAGUCAAAAUAUUUUAAAAUAAAUUAUAAGUUACAAUAGUUUUAAUAUUUUGAACAACAAAAAAGAAAUUAUGUCUUGAUUUAAUGUAAACAUCUUAUUGGCAAAAAUACGAGGGAUAAGAAAAUUUUCCAACAGACUAUACCAUUUGCAUAUUUUUAUUUAAAAAAAUCUACAAAAUCAUUAAAAAUCGCAUAAGAUCAGAAAAAGACACAUUGGAAAAUGUGCUGAAUAUGAAAGUAUGCUAUUUUAAUAUAAAAUAAUGGCUAUGCAUAAAAAAAUAUCUAUAAAUAAGGCUCUUAUAUUUUUAUAAAGUUAUUAGAGAGCUUAAAUUAAUGCAAUAUAAAUGAUGUUAGAAAAAGCUUGAUGAACGAAAUUUCAAGAGUUGAAGAGGAGAUGAAAAGACAUUUUUCUCAUCAAAAAGCUGAAAAUAGCCGGCUUCAGCAGCAAAUCACUCAGCUUAAAGGUGAAAAAACUGCAUUAGAGCAGCAGCUGAUCGCUUUGCAGAGAAGAAUUUCAGAAUUAGAAAACCAGGUGGGAAACGAGCCUUAA